CCUAAGUAGAAUUAGCAGAUGAGUAGAAGAGCAAAGAGUACAAAAGAAAAACUAAUUUUUAAAGUACCAGUAAGUCCAAACAUAUUAAAGAUAUCUUUGAAACUAGUUUCUUUUCCAUCAUUUCUAUGACCUAUAGCCUUUCUUUGUAUGACCUAUAGCCCAUGCUUGGUUGUCAUAGCAUUCCCAAUGUAAACAACAAAAUGAGGCUUGAAUGACUUGUCAUAGAAUAUAGAUGGACUGAUCUCAAAGGGUCUGCUUUCCUAGAGCUUAUACUAUACCAAGGCACUUUGUGCAAGUUUCCUUGGUCAUGUCUUGAGUAUCAAGGAAAGCCACUGUUCGACUAAGCAUGAAGAGGCUUCAAAUGUGCUUCUGAUAAAAUAAAGAAUGUGAAAGCGUAGAGAGGAAAGGGAAUUAAUACAUAAGUUUAAUAAUGGUGAGAAUGCUCAUAGUAAUCAUGAGAAGGUUACAUGUUAACUAUCCUUUUGUUAUUUCAACACUAUGUCAAAAGCCAUGUCUUUAUUACAUAAUAAAGCCGUAUGUUAAACAAAAACAACGAACUCUGACACUAUUACAAUGUACCGGAACAAUAAGGAGCCUGUACAAACAGACUGUAAAACUUGCAAUGCUUGCUCUGCAGAGACCACUGAGAGGCAUAUGCUAACUUCUGCUAUGGAUUCUGAAUCAAAGGACAGCUUAAUAGGAAGCUUUCUUCAGCCUCCAGCUAAAAUGAUUCCUGCACCCUUUGUUUGUGGAGAACCAAAGAAGUUGGCAGUUGCUGGUGACGGUGGGCCUUCUAUCUGCUAUAACCAAGCCCUGAGAACUCUACAAGAAAAGAUCCACUAUCUAGAGCUGAAGAGGUCACAUGCUGAGGAGAAUCUGUGCAGCCUUUCUGUAGCAGCUGCUCAGUAUAAGAAGGCCUUAGACCUUGAGUCCUUCAAAAAUGACACAGCACAUCACAAGCUGAUGCAACAGAGGAAAGAUGUAAGUGUGCAGUUAAAUGCAGCACAAUCCCGCUGCUCCCUGCUGGAGAAACAGCUGGAUUACAUGAGGAAAAUGGUUGAGAGUGCAGUACUGGAAAACAAAAUGAUUUUAGAACAACAGAAAGAGAAAAAUCAGAACCAGAUGGAACUGCAUGCAAAACUUGAGAAACUUGAAGUGCUAGAAAAAGAGUGUCUUAAACUUACUGCUACUCAGAGAAUUGUAGAGGACAAAAUCAAACAUUUAGAAGAAAAGCUUUGUAAAGAAGAGCGUCAGUACAAGCUAAUACAAGACAAAGCUGCUCAGCUUCAGACAGAAUUUGAGAUAAACCGAAUUUUGAUGCCUUUGGAUUCAUCUGAAAGUGAACUUAAAAAGAGAAGCAAGAAAAAAAAAAGCCCUAAGAAGAAAAAUCCUGUGAUGAAGGAAAUUCAUCUCCCACAAUUUCAUGUACAGGCAGGUGUGCUACCUUUUGUGGUUGGGAAGUCUGUCAGCUCCAGCCAUUCUCUUAGUGCAAAUGUGCAAAAUGUGUUGCAUAUUAUGAAGCAUCGCAAUCCACGUAUCUCAUCACAAAGACAAAUCCAAAAUAGAUCUGGAAUUUCAGGACAAACAACUCUUUCAAAAUCUGUAUCCUCAUCAUCUGCUGUCACCAGAAGACUUUCUGACUUUCUGUUGGGAAUACAAGAUGAGCUGAGCCAAAUGAGCUUCGAACAUCAAGUACUUCUGAAGGAGAUCCAGGAGACUCAGGACUCCAAAAUUCGUGAAGAUCUACAACAGAGGCUGAAUAACCUUGUAAAACAAAUGAACAGUAAAGGAGAACAAAUAUCCAAGUUGAAAAAACAUGAGAAAAGCGUGCAGAAAUUAAAGCGAAAGACUCAGAAAUUGAAGAAAGAGGCAGCUCAUGUCAAACCAAAAUGUGAUAACCAAAAGGAGGCAAAGGAGAUUGCAGGCACUGUAAGGGAAAGUAUGUCCAAAUCUCAUGCUGGGCAGAAAAGCAGAAGCUCCCUUCAGCUGCUAAAAAGUGUACAGAAGCUUCAGUCAACACUGAAAAAAGACGACAUUGUGUGGGAACAAUAAUUCUAAAAAUAAAGUUUUUGAAGCUGUCUGACAGCUAGUAAAUACUGAAUUUCACAGAGUAGCUUUUAAAAAUAAAAUAAAUAUAGCAUUUCUCAUUCUAAACUGUCUAAUAACUGGUAGGUCAGUUUGUUCACCUCUAUUAACUUUCAUGUAGCAUAGCUAUAAUUCCAGUACAUUGAAUUGUAAUGAAAUGUUUCAACAGAUUAAUUAAAUGCUUAUUAAUUAACUUGUCAAA